GCCGCCUCGUCUCGUCUUUGCUAUGCGCCACGAGCGCCUCCGCCGCUCCAACGCUCCAACGCCCUGAGCGCCUCCAACACCACUCCAACGCCACGAGCGCCUCCGCCGCUCCACCGAACAACUCCAACGCCACUCCAGCUCUUGCAGCAGUAGAACUCUACUGCAGCCAGCUACGACACCCUGCGCUUGCCGCACUAGGGCAUCGACGCCGUGCUCUUCGUGCCGGAUGACGCCAAGGCCACGCAGACCGCCGACCCGAACAGGAAGCCUCCCGCCAUUGUCACCCACAAGAAGAAGAUCAAGCUCCGGUGAGAUAUGGGUUCUUGGGAGAAGCAAGUUAGACAAUUUUUGUUAGAUGAGGAAGAAGACGAUGAUGAGUUGUUCUUUGUUAUUCUCCCUGCUAUAAUUCCAUACCUCUCAGAAGAGAAAGAGCCCAUCCACACCUCCUCACUCACUGGCGCUAAAAAGGUUAGAGAAAUUCUUAAAGGACAUGAGAGUUGGUGCAAAUCCGAGUUUAGAAUGGAGCCAACAAUAUUCAAAACCAUAUCAAAUUUUCUUAGAAGAGACAAUUUACUGCGAGACACACAAGCAACUUGGGAUGUUCAUGUACAUGAUCUCCCACAAUGCUAGUAACCAAAUGCUGCAGAAGGCUUUUCAACAUAGUGGAGAGACUAUCCAUAGAAAAAUAUCUGAAGUAUUUGAUCUUGUUCCCACACUAACUCAGUGUUUUGUGAAGCUUCCUAGCUCUGUCCACACUCAUACAAAAAUCGCAACAGAUUCUAGGUUCAUGCCAUUUUUUCAGAACUGCAUUGGUGCAAUCGACGGUACACAUAUACCCAUCACCAUAGCAGAACAUAGGGCCCCUCCAUAUAGAAACAGGAAAGGAACUCUUUCACACAAUGUUAUGGUAGCCUGGGACUUCGACCUCAAUUUCACAUUUGUUUCAUGUGGAUGGGAGGGGUCAGCCUCAGAUGCAGGGGUGCCUCGAUCUGCUAUUAGCAAAGGAUUUAGUGUGCCAGAAGGAAAGUUUUAUCUAGUAGAUGGUGGUUAUGCAAAUACGUCAUCCUUCAUUGCACCGUAUAGAGGGGUUCGAUACCAUCUCAACGAGUUUAGGAGGCGUCGUUCAUCACAAAGUGGUUAUGCGAACUACAGAGAGUUGUUCAACCACCGCCAUGCAAUUCUCCGUAACCAUAUAGAGAGGGCCAUCGGUGUUCUAAAGAAAAGGUUCCCGAUUCUAAAAGUAGGCACAUUUCAUCCCAUAGAGAACCAAAUCAAGAUCACAGCUGCAACUGUUGCAUUUCACAACAUAAUUAGAGGGCAAAAUGGAGACGAAAGAUGGCUUGACAACCAACCAAAUUACAUCUCUCCAAGUCAAUAUGUUGAUGUUCCAGAGGGAGAUACCAACUAUCUCAAUGACACAGAAUCAAGUGAUGGAAGCGCUCUAAGAGAUCAGAUCGCUCUUCAGAUGUGGGCUUCCUACAAUAUAUAGAUGUGUGAUGCCUACUAUUAUUACUUAUGAAGUCUUUAUGGUUUGUAGUUUGUCAUGUAGCUAGUUAUGAAUAAAGUUGCUUAGUUAUG